AUGGCCAGCCCUGGCCCCGCCCUUCGAAAAUCCAAGUCUGACAGUGCUUUGCACGGGCUAUCUCCUAAAGCUUCGUCUGCAAAUGUACGCGCUGGAGGUACCAUAUUCGGCCUUACACGUGCUCAUCGGUCUGGGGCCGUCGUUUCAGGAAGGACCGACUUCGUGGAUCAGGGCAAGCUUGUCAAAGACAUCGACAAGCUGACCACAGCCUUGGGUGAGGUGAAGAAUCUCUUCGAGGGUUUUGAUCCUCGACGUUCUCCAAAGAAUAAGCCCACCUUCAGUGAUCUACUGGCAGGAGGGAAGGCUCAGAAGGAGGGAGCAGAAGGUGAAGCCGAUGAUGGGGACGAAGCGCUGAGGGAAGCCCAGGAGCGCCUUGCUGAGCGGCUCCAGGCGUAUAAGUACACGCGGCGCAUCGAACCUGAGCUGCCUCCAUUGGCGCCGCUGCCUUCAAGUGGCCUAGAAGCGAGGAAGCCCUCGCAAACUCUGGUGGUUCGCAACACCACUCCCGAGGCCAUUCGGAUAUGGUUGCCAGCGAAUCGCAAAGAACGAAUCGCAGCCUUUGCAGAGGAAAGGUCGUACCGCCGACGCUUGUAUCAAAGUCAACGUGAGCGGAUGGUGGAGGAAGCUGCGGAUGCGUUGAAGGAGGAGUUGGUUCGCAAGGAGCAACAGGCAAAGCAAGCAGUGGAGGGCCGCAAGCUGCAGGCAAAGCUGAAAUCCGAAAGCAGGGACUUUCCCGCAGCAAAGUGGUUCACGCUCAUUUGGGCUGCCGGGUUCCUGCGGCAGAUCCAGCAGGAUGAAAAGCAAAGAAAAGUUCCGGUGCUGGAGCGUGUCGAGUACCUGAAGCAGAACGCGGACAAUCUGCUGGUGAAGAGGUCCAAACUCACCGCUCCACAGAUGAAGGAGGCCAUGAGGAUGGAGACAGUUGUCCAAAGUCCUGCUGUGUCGAGGUUGUUCACCAGCUACGUGGCUUCCAUGAAGAUGAAGCGAAACAUCAUGAAAGCCAAAGCCAACGCAAAGAAAGUGUACCAGGCUUUGCGCAGCUGGCAGGUUGCCGGUCGUGUUAUCUUCGCACUCAAGAAUGUUGCAUUCCAGGCAAGAAAGCUACAAAGAUUUUGGAGGGCAUGCGCAGCGCGCCUGCGAGAACAAAGGGAUCGACUUGCGCAGCGCUGGGAAAAGCUGGAGCGCCACGAGCUGUCCCAGGAGCUUUCCAAGUGGGAACGACCCGCCGGCCAGCGGAACUCCAAUGCGUGCUUGACAUUGGAAGACAAAAUCUCCAUUGAGCUCACGCCGAAGGCGGUUCGGCUGACCUUCCUGGAGAAUGAACUCAGGGCGAGAAGAUACUUCUUGCUGCCCGCGAUCGCGAACUGGGAGCAGGAGUGCCUCAAGUGGAACGCGGAAUAUGCCGCGCGCUUGGAGACCAAGCGAGCCUACCAAGCGCUGGGACAAGAAGAAGGGUUCAUGGAGAAGCCAGAGCAUGCCUUUUCUUUUCCACCAAGCCGACCUAUGCAUUUGCCGCCGGCACAUCCUCUGGGUGAGGCAGCAAGGGGUGCUAUUUGCUCCCUCGGCUGUCCCGGGAGAAGAGGUGACGAGGAGAUCCUCGAGAUGUGGCGGCGGUGCCGGCAAGAUCCCACUGGCUGGAAGAAAGUUCCCAGGACCGGCGCAAAGGACUUCAUCAUGAAGAAGACGAAGACCGACCGUAGUCAAGCUGAGGAGAAGAUCUUGUCGCUUGACGAGCUGCUCGAAAAUGACAAGGACAAGGACUUUGGCGACGCGCCGGAUGCAGAAGCGAGAAUCUAUGGCGUGGAUGAUUCGUUGAUGCCAGGCGGCCAACCGCCGUCGGAGAACGAACCAUGCCCGGUUUCGCUGCCAUGCUAA